AUGGAGCCGAGCGAGUACGAGUCUGUGUUGUGUGUCAAGCCGGAGGUCCACGUCUACCGCAUCCCGCCGCGGGCCACCAACCGCGGCUACAGGGCUGCAGAAUGGCAACUGGAUCAGCCGUCAUGGAGUGGCCGGUUGCGGAUCACUGCAAAGGGGCAGGUGGCCUACAUCAAGCUGGAAGACAGGACCUCAGGGGAGCUCUUUGCCCAGGCCCCUGUGGAUCAAUUUCCUGGCACAUCUGUGGAGAGUGUGACAGAUUCCAGCAGGUACUUUGUGAUUCGUGUCGAAGAUUGGCACUGGUAGGUACAGGUCGAGGGGCGACGGGCAUUUAUCGGAAUUGGCUUUGGGGACCGAGGAGAUGCCUUUGACUUCAAUGUUGCAUUACAGGAUCAUUUCAAGUGGGUGAAACAACAGUGUGAAUUUGAAAAACAAGCCCAGAACCCAGAUCAGAGCCCUAAGUUGGACCUUGGCUUCAAAGAAGGCCAGACCAUCAAGCUCAACAUUGCAGUGAGUCUCCCAAACAUAAAGAAGAAGGAAGGUACAGCUGGGACUCGAACCCGGCCUGCCAGCACUGGAGGCCUGAGCCUGCUCCCGCCUCCCCCAGGGGGAAAGACCUCCUCUCUGAUUCCUCCCUCCGGAGAGCACUUAUCUGUGGAAGGGUCACUUGUACCCGCCAGUGCCCCUAGUUCAGGCACAGGAAGUGUUUCCUGGCCUCAGCCUAAGCCUGCAACUACUGCCACUGCGGACAUCUGGGGUGACUUUACCAAAUCCACUGGAUCCAUUUCCAACCAGACCCAUCCAGGCACUGGCUGGGUGCAGUUCUGACCUGAGCACAGCUCUCCUUUUUCUCAUUUGGCUUCUGGAGAGGAGCUGCCACCUCCACCCUGAGGAAGGAAGAACAAGCACUCCCUAGCCAGCCUGUUUGGAGCCUGAUUCCUGCCUGGCCUGACUCUUGACACCCAGGGCCUGGGAGAUAGUAAAUUGGCACCAUGUCACUCUUUUCCUGGAAUUUCUGCAUGUCCUCAGAGCACAGGAGAAACAAAGCUCCUCCAGGACCCCUGGCCCUGACUUUGCUCUAACACGAAGAAGAUUCUGUGACUGUUGCUAUGACCCAUUAAACACAAGCCCAAGCCCCAAGAAGGCUGGAGUGUGCUGCCUGGAGUCCUGCCCAGAAAGGGCCUUCUGCACUUCCAUUGUUGGUAGCGCUACCACAUAGCCCAAGUGCCUUCAGAGGAGGUCCAUUUCUGAUUCUUGGCAGAUUUAGAGGCGGCAGCUUGAACAGGAAAAGUAGGAGAGACUUUUGAAAACUUUUGAAAACGUACUUGCUUUGCUAACAUACUGAUCUAUACUCACUUGUCCUUGCAAGAAGGAACUGCUUAUGCCGCUCUGAAAGCAUUGCCUUCUGUCAGCCAUAUUGGCUUAAGUGACCGGAAGCUAUCAGAAGCAGUGCUCAGCUUCGCCAAAUGGCCUGGUUUCCGUUUCUCAGGCCAAGUGUGCAUUGAAGGCCCGGUGGAGACAGGCUCUGGAAGCCUGGUGGAAGUGUUUGGACAGGAAAAGAGGAGGCUGUUUUCAUGGGAGCAGGGGGUGGCCUUCCUGUCCACUGGCAGCUCUCUGGGUUCACAGACUAGCAGCAGUUUCCAGUGGCCUUAGUUUUCUCCUUGGUAGUUCCUGAAGUGCCUUGCCUGCAGACAACCUCUUUGUUUUCUUCUGCAGGGACUGUACCUGCCAGAGAGAAGGAACUUAGAACAAACUGGAAGGCGUAGGUUGUCUGCAUUACUGGUUU